CUGCGCCUGUCCUGCUCCUUGUCCCUUCAGAAGUCACUGCUGGUUCCACAGUGAUGGUCAACUGUACCUCUAAUGGUCCCGUGUCCCCAGGGGUUGUCAUGUGGCUUAGAGAUAACAAAGAAACCUUACUUUCCAGAGACUCAGACAACCUUUUAGUGCAGCGUGAACUGAAAACACAUGAAGAGGAUGAUGGGAGGGAAUUUGUGUGCGAAGUGCAGCGGAUGGUUGAUGGGCAGCGUGUUGUGAAACACACCACUAAAAGUCUCACCGUCUUCUAUGGUCCCAGGAUAAAUGCUUCUUCCUGCCCUAAUACAUUAACCUGGAAAGAGGGUGACACGGAAACAUUGAACUGUUCAGCCUACGGAAACCCACCACCAACUGUUGAAUGCAAGAAAGGUGGCACAUCUUAUAGUAUUGGGAUACCAAUAUCUGUCACCAGAGAACAUGAUGGCAUGGUUCACUGCAAUGCCACUAAUCCAUAUGGCUUUGAUGGGAAAGUUGUGACCAUAGUUGUUGAAUGUAAGUUAAGCUCCUUACUCUAAACAUGCUUAUUCGAAAAAUAUUUUGUCCUGUAUUUGUCCUGUAUGCCAACCAGAUUCGAUAUGGUUGCUGAGACAGUUUUAACUAGUGGAUUUUAACAUCAAGGUAAGUGAUUUUAAUGCUUUUGUAUGUGUAUGGGCUAAUAUGUUACGGCAUUGAACGUUUGCUGUUUAUAUGUU